AUGCUGAGAGCUUCCUCGAGGAACUUGGGAGAAGGAUCAAUUACUAAGGCAGAGUUGGCAGACAUAGUUUUUGGAUUGCAAACAGCUUGGGAAAUGGGAUUCCGGCAGGUACAAGUCCAAACUGAUUCCCUCUCAGCUAUUCAACUUAUUGGAAGCGCAGGGGAGCGGCAUCCUCAUUUGGCUUUGGUCUCGAAAGUGCGUCGGCUACAAGCUCUCGAGUGGCAGGUAGAAGUUGUUCAUGUGUACCGGGAAGGGAACGUCGUCGCAGACUACCUCGCCUCUCUUGGACAUGGACGUUCUCCUGGUGAUCACUUCGUGGAUGCUCCCUAG